GCUCAAUGAACAAAUACAAAAACAAGAGCAAUAUAUUAAUCCAUUCCUCAAUUAUCUCAUUGGCAUCCCACAUGAUAUGCAGGCAAAACCUCAUUCUUUAGCGAAACCCCUCGUUGUAAGACCAAACUACCUCCAUUAGAUUAGGAUUAAUCACUGUUUUGGUUUUGAUGAUCUCGAUUAUUUUUGAACUAGAUUUUCGGUGUCCUUAGUGACGGAUGGUAGGAUCGCCUGAGGGCGUAACACGUGCGAGACGAUCGGGUCGCGCGCGCAAUAAUAAUAAUAAUAAUUUUUCUACACGUGUCGUUGCAUUUUGUCAACUCGCGGCCUACGCUCUCCACAUCUUCUAAAGACUGAGAUAAGAAUGGUUGCCGAAGACCACAGCUCGAUCGCGGACAGCGAUCUAGAGGAGGCGUUGGUGGACGCCAAGACCCUCGAAAAAAAGGGUCUAAAAUCAGCCAGGAGUAAAGCAGUCGGCAAGACUGUCGGAACCCAAUAUGAAACGGAUCCGGAUUCCUCUUCGGCUGAAUCAGGGUCAUCGUCUGCGGCAGAGUCGGUUGAGACGAGACGGCGAAGUCGGAGAAGUCGAGGAUGCUGUGGAAAAGUGAAGUGCAGCAGAUUAAACCCAUUGGAAUUCUACAAGUACUUGAUACGGAUGUCUCUGUUCUUAAGUUCUUUAAGAAUAAGAUUUUUCUUAGAAAUCGUGAUCGUCACGAAAUCUUGGAACAGAUUCGCAUUAUCAGUGUGAUACGUCUAACGGCAUGGGCAUCGGUAUGGUAUUAAGAAAGUGCUAAAGCUAUAAUAUGAUGGGUUUCCCCUCCCCUGUGGUGGUGGAGGUCUUGUUCCUGGUCCCCUUUAUUGGAAUUCAUUUCAAUACAAGAACACCAACAAGUACUUCCUACUUUUUUUUGUAGGCCAACAAGACCUAAGUCUAAGAUUUAAUUGCGAUCAAUUUCAUGGUUCUUGUCCUACAAACCUGAACUUCAGGCGUGGCAUCCGCAUGCUCGGCUGGCGACUGGCAUGCACGGUAGCUAUAGUUGCAGUGCUGGUUCGUGGCGCUCAAUACAUAGUAGCCACUCGUGUUUUCGAUUUCGGCAUGCGUUUCUACCACAUCGAAGGACCAAGAGCGCAGAUCUACAACAACAUUCUGCUCUCGAUGUUUGUCCUGCAGCCGUUCUGGGGCAUUGUCUCAGAUUCAUUGCCAGUCAUCCAGAAAAAACUUCCAUUCAUUCUCUUUGCAGGUAUAAUUUUUGCAUAGGCUUUUUAAAAAUGGCUUAGGCGUCCUCCUGCUCGUCCGCUUUAUUAUUCUGAUGAAUAUAUCUCGUCCCCCAAUGUCCCCUCCAGCAAACCCCGAUUUUGGAGAUUGCUCCCCCAAAAACCCUCUAGCAAUCUCCAAAAUCCGUGUUUGCUUCCCUCUAUAUGUUGGUAGUUCAAUUCCUAGGAGCGGUGGACAAACUGCAAAAGGCUUCAAAGAAAAGCCUGAGGCGUUCGAUCCAUCCCCUCUCUUAUCCCCACAAACAGGUUUUAUCGGUGUUGGCUUUCCUUUGUAUAUUGGUAUUCGAGGACAGACCUUGUACGAACACGAUCCGGACGGGAGGACUUUUGUGGUCGAUAGUCAACGGAACCAGUAUGUGAGGACACAGGUUGUGCCCGUGCUCAUGUUCGUUCUAGCUUGCACUUAAGGCUUACCUCCGCAUACUCAUCUGCCCUAACAAGCAUCUAAGCUACUUGGAAGGUGGGUUUAAGUACUUUGCUGAUGAACUCGAUGACUACGUAGUUAGUGCCAAGAUUCUUGAUGACUACGUAGUUAGUGCCAAGACGCAAAAAUGUAGUGGAACAACAGAGGCAAAAUGAAGAAAGGAAAGUGAAGAUUGAACAUGGAAAGAAAUUUGUCGCACGCGACAUAAAAAACUGCACCACCUCGCGCUAGGCACAUUUAUUCAUUCAUUCAUUCAUGCUCCUCAGGAUGAAUAUCGGUAAGGUCUAAUACAUUGCGGCGUUCAUGCAUAACGCUGUCGCCGGAUUGCUGAUUGACGCGAGAUUCAGUGACAUCAUUCGCCGUCGCCCAAAAUGCGGUCCGAAAAUCAUCACCUUCUCUUGUUAUGAUGCGGAUGAAAUAUUAAGCCAAAUACUUAAUUAACAGAGCAGUGGUGAAGGUUUUUUAUAGAGGUCACUGCAGCACGAGCACUAGUGUGGGAACAGAAUUACCGAGUUCUGGUGCAACACGUACAGGAGGGACGAGGUACGAUUACAUAAUGCAUCUCUCGGAAAAGAUACACAAAUGAGUCGAACAUCAAGAUGAAAGCAAGAUUCCUUAUUUUAGAUCAUAGUGCCUCAAAUUUGAAUAAGUGCUACACUGUCAGCACUGACUGCUCAACCUCAUCAAGAAUACUAGCUGCUACUAACUUCUAAGCAGGAUAGUACUACUAUCGUAUCUUCACUACUAGUGCUCGUGGUACGAGAACCACUACGACAACCACUGCUUACGAUGCUUGUGCUUCUUUCUCCUCCUGCGGGACCUUUAUGUCUAUUUCUAAUCUUCGGCGCACAUCAUGAUUGGCGAAAUCAUAGCGAUUUGCUUUUCCGGUUAUAUGCAGGAGCACCAUGGGCAUUUCGUUCCGCUUUAUUUUAUAGCGGGUUUGUCUUUUCUUGCUUCGAUUCCGUUUUUCCUAGGAUGGCUGCGAGAGGGCUACGACGAUGGUGAAGAUAUCUACCACGAGGACGACGCAUUCUCUUCGGAAGAAGAGGAGGAUGAAGUUGCAGUUGUUGUUAAGGACCAUGCUACUCUUAGCACCAUGUUGUAUGGCCCACCUUGGAGGUUCUUCUUUUUCUACUUGAAAAAGAAGCCAUAGCCAAGGAUCAGGGACUGAGGGAUGCGAGGAGGACAGCAUGCGAACCGUAGUACUAAUGUGUUCGCAUGCGAACAGUCUGCUACUAAGACUGAGGGAUGCGAACCGUAGCUCUAAUGUUGCAGGAGGACAGCAAUCUGUGUCUUCCACAACUCCUGUCUCGCAAUCUUUGCCCGUAGCUGCAGAAGGAGAAGAUGGUGAGCAAACGCUGAGUUUUCUUGAGCGGGUAAAAAGAGCGUAUGGAUUCAGCGGAGACGACGAACAACCGUACGCAAGUCAGCCAGCACUAAGUCCAAGAGUUGCUAAUACCUCGGCCGAUGCAGUUGCUCGUUAUAGUUACGGUGAACCACUGUCGUGCCAGCACUGGAGGUUACUUAUACUUAUACUUGCUACUACUCCUACUAUACUAGUAAGAGUAUACCUACUAUAUACUUAUCUAUACUUACUACUACUUCUUGGAUGACACCUAUACUGGUGGACGAUGUGAUCAAACAUUUCUAUUGGAAUCUACUGUAGUCGUCAUUUGUAGCGAUCUAUAGUUCUUGUUGUUUGAAUUUCAUGUUCUAGUACAUCUUGUUAAGGGAAGAGGAACCUCAUGAAGACCUGAAAGGCUGGAUGAGUGUUACGGUGCACCCUUCCUCAGUUUGAUAAGUACAAGAGGCUCAAAAUGCCAUUCACGACUAUCAUGACGACGAUUUAGAAAAAAAACUAGGAAAUUGUUGUAAACUUGAACUUGGUUUUUUUUAGCGUAGUUGCGCUGGCACUUCUAUACUGCAUCAUCGAUCUGCAACAAGUACUUACCUGUUCUUUAUUUCGCCUUAUAUCUUUUUGAAUACCUCCACUACUAGUACCUUGCAUCUUCUUGAAAUGAAUACAUUUCGCCUUGCAUCUUCUUGAAAUGAAUACUACUACUACAUCUCAUACGAGUCAUUCUGUUCCUUUAUUUUCUCUUUCUAAGAGGAAGCCCGCCAGAACAACGAGUCUCUGGAACAAAGAGGCUCGAGAGGAGCAGAUCUCUACUUGGCAGGACCUCCACUAGCUCAACAUUAAGGCAACGACCGAGGAAUCAUCGUCCCUUCAAAUCGUCAUCCUUCCUUGGCCCCUUGAUUUUCGUCUUGAAUGAAAAAGUAAAAGGGUGGUCCAGGGUUGUGGAUGUUUUCCACUCGAGAAAGUAAAAGGGAGCAGGAAAAGGAAUGGCCAUUCCCUAGCCUCAUUUUCAAGGGGUAAGCAUCAAAGGGUCCAGGGAAGAUGGUCUCAGGAAUGCAGCUCAUCGGUACUAGCUCUAACAGCAAGCUAACCCGACAGAAACGCCGAGUGCUACUGCGAGUACGGCGGCUAGCGCGAACGCUAGUGCGACUGGUAGUGCGACACCUAGUGGGGCUGAGGGUGAAGACUUUGAAGCGCCAACAGCUUUUGGCCAUAUCGCAGCAAGGAAUAGUCGCACACAAGGGCGAACGGGUCUCUUAAUGUCACACGGGGGAACGCAAACGGCGAAUGGUACAUACUUAUUUACUACUCAUUUGCAUUUCAGUCUCUUAGAUGAUUAUUUAAUGUUCAUCCGGGCGUGUACUUAAACAGUACCAUAGAUACCAAAAAAAGAUGAAUGAUGACAGAGACGCACACAUGACAUCCCCCGUCAUUGGAGUUCCACUCGUCUUUUUCCUCCAACUACUCAUGGUAGUUGGUCUCUCCGUAGGUCUUGUUCGUUGAUGGGGGACCUAUGAUAUCCUUGAUGUCUUCAUGGACAAGAUACGAUUGUACUUGACGAAAACUAUUGAUGUGUGCAUCUGUGAUUAUGAACUACUAUUUAUUAGGUCGUGACUUACGACAACGACUAAGAAAGACUACAAAAUGAUGACCACCCUUGUUGUUCGUUCUAAAAUAAUAGCAACUGCUUGUUCGCAACUAAAGCAUUUUUCCGUGUACUUGAUUAUAGCUUCUACGUGUUCUACAAACAAUCAAUCAAAACUACAUUUUUCCUACUUCCAAACUACAGCUGGAGCUGCAAGUGAGCCUCUGGUUGGCAGACGAGUGACUGAGGUCCAGUAUACCGCGCCGCCACGGGAGAUUGUAGCGCUGUGUGCCUACAUGGUAGUCGUAUCUUGCGGGAACGUAGCGUUGUCCAUGGCCCGGCUGCCUCCAUUUACCGUUUUCCUCUCGUCUCUCGCGCUAAGCGGUAGUGCGAUUCUGUUUGCGGGACUGGUGUUGACGCCGAUCAUCGCGAAAGUGAUGGUCUUCUUCUACAUUGGCACGAGCAUGACGGUGACGAUUGACGGCGCCGUCUUCUACUUCAUGACGGACACCAAGACUUAAGGCUACAAGAAAUCCAUCUUGUUACUUUUCCAGCAAAGCCUUCAUCUUGGCCCACCUCCCGUGGUUUUAUUUUUCCACAAGAGGAAGUUAUAUUUUCAACAAAUGGGGAGAACCAUAACCAAAAAAAUUCAUUGAUGAGAGAGUCCGCCCGAGAUAAUGCAUCUCUUGCACCAGCUCUAAGAGACGCAAUACCCUCAAGGCCCUGGGUUCAGUACCAUGUUCGUAGCAACGAGUUUGCCGUUGUUUUGCGCGGUCAUCAAUCUUGCAGGGUUCUGGUUCUAUUCCAUCUACAUGACCGAGAUGCGAGUCUACUCUCUCUUAAUGUUAAGGCUUAAAAAUGUUUCGGAAUAUGUCCAUCAUGUCACGGAAUGGGAAACGAAUCGAAAUCCAUCUUACAACUUGGUAAUAGUAAGUAUUACUCAUGAUCUUUCACUUUUCGCAUCUCAUUCUCACUCAGUCCGAUCUCACUCAUCUUUCAGCAUCUCACUCAGAAGUGCAAUCUUACUUUUCUUUCAGCAUCUCACUCACUGCUCACCUGUCCGUUGGUUUUCAAGCGAAACAAAGCUCGCUCUCUCUCUAAUUUUAGCGUCCUCGGUGAUUGCUGUGAUCUGCAACCUGGUAGGAGCGUUGCAGUUCUCUCGCCUAGUACAUGGAUGGUUCAUCGAUCAUUUUUUGAUCCUCUUCAGUGGCGCAGUAUACGAUUUCACCCACGUCUGGUCUUUGAUGGCCUUUCUAGCGUUGAUGUCCCUCUUGUGUCCGAGGAAUAUUUAAGGCUAGUCAAAAUAGAUGUUCACUAGCUUCCCACUGAUUGUUGGAUAUGGACCGACUAUGCUCGUCGUGCUCCUAAGUGGGUUUGGGUUAUAUAUUCCUCUUAGUUAGAGGUCAGCAAAUCGCUUUUUCUAUGGGGUAAGUACAAGAGAGGGACCUACCCACUGCUCAAGAUCAACCAGGGAUAAAAAUGAUCGACUACCUGCUCUAAAACGGGGAAGCCAUCAUGGUUGCCAUUUUACAUGCCGUUGCCGUAAUGGGCUUCAGUCAAGGUCGAAGCAGUGGUGCCUUAGUGCUCCAUCUACUAUUAAGGCUACUUACAAGAAAUCCAUCUCCUCUCCACAUGCAUCUUGGUCCCGUUUCAGCAAGGGGCAAGAAAGAUGCGGCUGAAGAUGGAUUUCUCCUAGUUCUAAUACUAGGUGUGCAUCCUCGUGGAGAAGACAAUGAAUCGGCACAAUUCGAUAACCUCUGGAAAGCGGCUCUGAUACAUUCUAUUUUGCCAAUCCUGCCUUUGCUUAAGGCUCAAUACCAGCCAUUUCUACGAGCCAUUUCUCCCUAAAUUUUCUUCUACUAAAUGCUGUAAGCUGUUGAAGUGCCACGCUUACUAGAGUAGUCUCUUCCUUACACAUACUUCUACUAACUUACGAUAGGGAGAAAUGUAGUACGCAUACCCCCAUUUGUAUUCUCUUCUUACGAUGCGUGGGGGGAAUUCAUGUAGUACGCAUACGUAUGAGGUGAGUUGAAAUUGUUUUCAGCUCUAAUGUGCUCCUUUUGCCAAUGCUGGUUCCGAACGUGCGGCUCACUGAAAACAUGGCGCAGAAAAGCGCGGUCGCAGGCUCACUCUUCUUAAGGCUCCAUAAUGCACCUGCACACAAAAAGAAAAGUAACGCCGGAUAGUUUUUCCUCGUAUUUCUUCUUUCAUGAUACAGAUAAUCAAACUCAUCCAGAAGAAAAACCGGUUCGUUUUCCCCUCAUAGCCUAGGUGUAUCCCUACAUGCAAAAUAAAAGAACUCUUAGUCUCAGAUAUUUCUGUGGUCUGUAUUCCUUCGCGUACUGUACGACUAGGAGAAGGCUCCGAGAGCAGAUAAUUAUUUAUCUUUCGCUGCUGUAGGCGUCCCCGUCGUUCUCUAAUCUUCCGAACGAAAGUGGUCGGAGAGACCGUCGAGGCCACUCUAGUGCGUGAAGCAGAGGAGGCUGCAGAACGAAGGAAUGCGAAAUUACCACCUAUUCCAAAAGACGAAGACGACGUGUCGGGUCAAGAAGAGAUGGAUGCAGCAACUUAUCUUGAAAACACAGAAAGAGGAAGACAAAGAGACCUGACUAGUAACAACUACAGUGCAACACGAGGACGUAGUGCAAGCAGGGACAACUAUGGUGCUACAGGAGGAAGUCGUCGGGUAUCCGCUUUGCCUAGUUCGGGUGCACUAAGGUGAAGAAAGUGGACAUGCUAACUCGUGUAGACUAGAUGAAAAAUGGUGUAAGAUCUCUUGUAUCUAUAGUAAACACUACUUGUAAAAUGUUGAUGCAAGAAAAAAUCAAUACCUAGUAUUCCAAGACUGUACUAUAAGUAAAUUUUUAGUAUGUUACAGCAGCAGCUAGACAUAUAUGUUAAUCUUAGUACAGUCCGAAUCGACUAACAUGAUCAUCAUCUUCGGUCCUACUAGUGCAGUAGUGCGUUAUAUCGUCGGUCCUAAUCCUAAUUCUUAACCGCAACGUUAUAGAAGCAGAAGGUUAUGUGCAUAAAAAAAUGAAAGACGAGGACGUGGAGAUGUGCAAGUACUCGACAGUUCUUAAGGAAUGAUCAACAAGGCUGCAAAGACAACAAGUGAAAGUAUCAGUAUGGUUACCACAACUCCUAGUCAACAACUGCAUCAAGAACUCAAGUAUGUACUAGAAUCUGUAAGAAAAAUUGAGAUUGUAUCGAUCAAUUUGGUUCUUGCGGUCGCCUUGCUG